CGCGUGGAAACCGAAAGGCUGUCAAUGUUAUCUACUCUUAAAAUCCUUUCCAUUUUGAACUUUCGAAAAAUUUCCAGAGUCCCUCAGUCCCUCUCUUCCACUCUGGGUUUUCCCCCUUUUCCUGCACUUUCAUCCUUGCAAUAUUUGUCUUCCACGUCUUCUCUCUCAGAAGAACCUACUGGGUUGAAUAUAAAAGAAAAAAAGCAAACCACAUUAAUGAAGAGAAAAAGGAGGCUUGUACCGUUCUAGGCUGGACGGAAUAUCAUAAGUCUGAUGGUUUUCCUCUCAUUUUUAUUGGAAGAUUAUUAUUUUCUUCAUAAAAGUGUGAUUUAGAUAUUGAUUUUGUAUCUCCUCUUUUCUCCCCAAGUUGCGCCCAAAUUAUUGAUCUACCAAUUGAAGAUUUUUGUACCUUUACUCUUUGAGGUAUGCUGCCUACUUGUCCUCAAUUUUAUUUUGUGAAGGUAUUUCAUUUGAGGGAUUUCUUCUUUUUUAUUUAAAAAUUUAAUCCAAAAAUAUAUACAUAUAAUAUUUUUUUUGAGAAUCAAGUAGGUAAGUCAUUGGAUUUUGUAGCAAAUCUUGUACCCGUUUUCUGUCCUUUGUAAUUUCACUUUGCUGUUGUUCAAUACAAUCUUUGGAUUUGUAAGCAUGUUUCUUCAAGGAGGUUAGUAGGUGUAAUUACAAACAUUAGGAAAAUUUUAAAGUUUAAGUAUUUUUGGGCAUUGGGUGCAAACCAAAUUAUUAUUUUUUCUAAAUUUUAAUUUUAAAUUCCAUGUUGUGCUUAAGAAACUAUUUGCUAGUUUAGUGUUUAUUUUGUUGAUUAAGGUGAUAUAGGUAGUCUUGAGUGAUGAAUUUCAUUAAAGAAGAGCAAGGAAAAAUAGGGGUAGCCGUCAAUGUCUCAAAGAUUAGGCAAAUCUUUGCCAAUCUACUAGUCCCUUGACACAAUGAAGACUUCUACUUAUAGGUCUAUUAUAUGCCACCUCUUUGCUUUUGUAUUAAUGUCCAUGGUGUCAAAAUAUUUUAAAUUUGCACUAGUGCGUACCCUUCAUCUAUAAUUCUUGGUAAUUUGAAGUUAAAUUGAGGCUGAGAGAUGUGUCAAGUAGUGUUUUGUGGCCUUGUAGGCUUAUUUAUAUAAUGUCUUUCAUGUAUUGUUACAUGGAUUUAUUAGUGUAGUAGGUAUGCAUCUUUGGAUACCCUUUAUUCGGGAAUGGGGAUGGGGAAUAUUGGGAGGUGAGGAGGGGAUAUGAAACCAAACUCCUGGUUUUGCUAUUACAAACAUAGGCAAUUUUUUUUUUGAAUUACUUGCUUAUAUGUUGUAUAAAUGAAAUGUUCAUUUGCUCUUGUGUUGCUCCCUUAGGAUUAAAUUAGAUAAUUUCUUAUAUAUGAAAGGGUAUUAGUAAUCUAGAAGCGGUGAAUGGUGCUGUCUCAAGUACCUUUAAGUCACAUAGAGGAGUCUGGGAGGAUGAAUUCAUUUGGGUGCCUCCCAAGUGCGUGCGUCAUUGACAGUUAUACGAGUCCCAAUUUUCUAAGAACCCAAUAUUAACUAAGGAUUGGUCUACCCUUUUGUGAGCAGAUGGAAUUGGAUAUUGGCAAAGAGUGCGAUAACUAAAAGCCUAAAUUUUCAAUAUCAUUUGAGACUAAAUACCUCAUCUACAUUACAAACAUAUAGAUAGUUUGUGUUUUGCAACUUGAAAAGUAGAGAUAAGGGUGAUAAUAAUGCGAGUUGAGCUGAAGUUUGGCUAAACUCAUUUGAAGUCACAAGCUUAAAAUUAUGAAGCUUGACUUGAACUCAAAGUUCAAGCUUGCAAUUUGAGCUUGAACUCAAACUUGGGAUCGAGUUGAGUUUAAACUUGAAACCAAAUGCCCACAUGUCUAAAUUUUGUUAAUCCAAUUUAGUCUCGGAAAAUGACAUGGACAUGUUCAAAAUAUAGUUGAAAAAUGUUUUGCUUGAAAUGAAAACGUUUUUGAAAGUAAAUAUUACAUAAUCAUGCAUUUUUGAGUCGCACUCUGAGUUGCUUAACUUGAUUCUUUCAUAUCUUGAAUCGACCAACUUAAAUUGAAAUCAUGUGACCUUGUUUUUAAAAAACUAGUUACUAUUAGAUUGCAUGUUGUCUUGACUUAUUAGAGCGCUGAGCUAGAGAUUGCAUUGAUAUGAUGAGCAACAUCUUGAUUAAAAUGAACAUACUGUGCUAAAUUGCAAGUUUUCAAACCUGAACAACGAGCUAUAAUAUAAAGGCUUACUCCUCAAAAUGAAGAAGGUUUUCCAAAAUCUUUGGCAUGUUAUCUUUUAUUUUUACUAACAUUGUUACUCAAUUCUAUGUGGUUUUAGCUGAAGAUGAUUGAAGCCACAAAUAUUUAUUUUCCCCCCUUUAUUGAUUUUCAAAAUCCUUUUUGGUUGUAGUAUUGUAGAUGUAGUGGAGUGGUAGAUUUUUCUUUAUAAAAAUUGGUUAUUCUAGUGCAUAUUCUCUUGUCUUAUAACUGUUGAAAUAGGAUAUGUCCACUGACACUUUAAAGGAAAGUCCAUCUACGUUUGAUUCAUCUAAAUCUCAGAAGCGUGAUGCUGUUAAUUUGGAAGAACCAGAGAGUUCCAGUUGUAGAAUAUAUGAGAAGAGAGACCCUCCUAUGGCAAAAGAAGAGGAGCACAAUGAUUUAGUGGACAAUUCAAAUCUAGUUGUAGAAGAUAAGGUGUGCAACACAAGGUACUUCAUCAUUAAGAGUUUAAAUCAUGAAAAUAUCCAACUCUCAAUUGAAAGGGGAAUAUGGGCCACCCAAGUAAUGAAUGAGCCAAUACUGGAAGAAGCUUUUUAUAAUUGUCAUAAAGUAAUACUGAUAUUUAGUGUCAAUUCAAGCGGAUUCUUCCAAGGGUAUGCACAAAUGAUGUCUUCUGUAGGUCGGCGACGGGACAAUGUAUGGACUCAAGGAACUGGCGCUAAUAAUCCAUGGGGGCGGAGUUUUAGGGUCAAAUGGUUGCGCUUAAGUAAUUUAGCAUUUCAUAAGACUCUUCACCUCAAAAAUCCAUUGAAUGAGUUCAAACCUGUCAAAAUAAGCAGAGAUUGUCAGGAGCUGCCUCCGGAAAUAGGAGAAGCACUUUGUCAACUUAUUGAUAGAGAACCUGAAGAGGACCCAACUCUCAAAAGGGACAUAUUGCCUAUGCGGAAGCCUGGUUUGGAGUCUGGAUCUUGUUUCUCAGAUGAGGAGUAUAUUUCCCCUUCUAUGGAUUUGACUUGGGCAACAAAAAACAUGCUUUAUCCAUCUUAUCUUUAUCAAUAUCAUACUGAUGCUAGUGGGUCUGUCAUGGCGCAUCAAGGAUCUGUUGGAUUAUAUUCUCUUGAAAGUUUUCCUAUCAAUACUUGUAAAGGUUCACAGCCUAAGCAUAUUACCCGCCAUAGCGAACAUAUUUUUGACUCGCCGGCUGAUCACAAGAUAUCCUCUCAAGUUGAAGGGCAGCAGCUUUUGAGUGAAACUAGUCCCCUUUGUAGCACCCUUUCAGAAGAAGAAUUUCUGGAAAUGUCUUAUGAGGAAUACCUGGAGGCUCAUGCUAGAGGCAUUUCGCAGGAAAGUAGAAAAUCACGAAGAAAAGAAAAUUCAUCUGGUAAAGAACAAGAUGAUGAUUUACAUAGCCACAGUGAGCAUGGAGGUUCGCAUAAAAGGUCCCGUCACUGAUCUUCAUAUCUCUAAUUUGGCUAGAAUUGCUGGCUUGAUCGAAUUGUUAGUCAUCGAGACUAUGGAAUCAUAGGCAGGAGUCUCACUAGUAUUGUUUACGGACCAUAAAUUUUAAUAUUCAUGGGCCUCUUGUUCUGGUUGUAAAAUAUUUUUGUACUUAAUGGACCCACAGUACAUGAUCUUAGGAUUAGAGAAGACUUGUACAGGAAUUAGGAUUUGAUAAACUGCUGAAAUACUUCAUUCAUUCCCCCGGCCAAAUUUUCGGGGGAGGGUUGGGGGUAGGUUUUGGAGACAUUAUGUGUAGUAUAAUAUGUAUACAUCAUUGAAUUUGUUGACAAACAAUUGUUUUGUUAGUUCAUGUGA